CGUGUCCGCUGGUGACGUGUGAUUGUUGUCGUGUCGCAGCGAUGGCGGUGGAUAUGACAGUGGUUUUCAGAGCGAGUGUUAAAACUGUAAAAACUCGAAAUAAAGCGAUGGGAGUGGGAUACGACAGCAGCAGGGACGAGUUAAUGAGGAGAGACAGACCCAAACACGGCUUCUCCAGCAGAGCGAAAGAGGUGAUUUCGAACAUCACCAAGCUGAAGGACUUCUUACUGCAGCACAGGAAGGACUAUGUAAACGCCAGCAGUUUAAUUUCUUCAGAUCUAAAUCGUAUGACGGACAGUGAGCGAGACCAGAUUGAUCAGGAUGCUCAAAUCUUCAUGAGGACGUGUUCAGAUGCCAUCAAACAACUAAGAACUGAGGCUGAGAAGACAGGAAUUUCUGCUCAGAUGAAGGAGCAUCGUGGAGCUGUGUUGGACCUAAUAGAGUCAUAUCUUAAAAGUGUGUGUAAGCUGUACUCUGAGCAGAGAGCCAUCCGGGUGAAGAGAGUAGUGGAUAAGAAGAGACUGUCUCGAUUAGAACCAGAGCAGAAAAGUAAAGUGGAAAAACCUCCAAGCGAAGAUGCAGAGAAAACACAAGCACAGGAGGAAAACAACGACAAGCCGGUUUCUGAUGGUGGUGUUGAAUUGUGGGAGGACAGUAGAGUUGAGGAUGAGCUCUCACCAGAGGAGAUACAGAUGUUUGAGCAGGAGAAUAAGAGGCUGGUGAGUGAGAUGAACAGUCUGGUGGAUGAAGUCAGGCAAAUUGAAGGAAAGGUGGUGGAGAUCUCUCGGCUGCAGGAGAUUUUUGCUGAGAAGGUUCUGCAGCAGGAGAUGGAGAUUGACAAUAUUCAUCAGCUGGUUGUUGGUGCCACUGAAAACGUUAAAGAAGGAAAUGAGGACAUACGAGAGGCAAUCAAGAACAACGCGGGCUUCCGUGUGUGGAUCCUGUUCUUCCUGGUCAUGUGCUCCUUCUCUCUACUUUUCCUGGACUGGUAUGACAGCUAAGACAGGAAGUGCAUCGUCAUACAACUAGAACAGAUGUCAUCAGAUGGGCUCUUUCAGAGAGACUAUAAAUUGUACUUAAUCAAACUGUACCCAAACUGUACUUCACGUUAUCUUGUAAUGGCAUGAUGGACAACUCAGUUUCCCUUUAAAUAUAGCAUUUAAUUUCAGAAACCUGAUCAGAGCAGCUUCAGUGAAAUAGUGAAGGUCACCUUUAGAAUUAAUAUUCCAGUCUUGGAUCUGAACGUGAACGAUCUCCAUAGCUUAACUGCUCUAUUUGAUGAAUUUAGAAUUGAAAUUGAUGAUUGUAACACUGUAUCAGUGCUUUGUUGUGAACUGAGUGAGCAUUUAGCAGAAUGUUGUGAUUUUUUUCCCAGCAGUCUCAGUCAGUUACCAAAUCUCUGUUUAGGUCAAUCUCUGCUGAAGCAACUGACCAUUAUCUUCUCUAGUGUUUCAGGUCAGCAGGUUUUCUGUUCUUUUCUUUCUAUUUACAGGGAAGGUUGUGCAAUUGUCAUCUAUGUCAGUCGACCAUCAACAGAGUUGGUUGAAAAACAUUGGAGUAUUCCUUAAACACGUCUUCCUCUCUCCACCUCUCUUUUUGUUUGUGAUUGUCCUAACAGAGAGAUCAUGAUGAGACCAUGGUGGAUGGUUUGGUUUAUUCAUUUAUCACUCAAUAAACAUUCUAGAUCCAGCAAAAGA